UUCUGCUUGCUAACUCUCUUAUAUAGCAGCUCCCACGUUGCCAUAAUUUAAACCAAUAUCUAGCGAGGGUUCUUCUCGGAGCUUAAUAUUUAACCCUUUGGGAUAAUUUUCUUGUUCUAUCCGGCCAAGAAAAGAGUAUGGUGACCGUCGAAGAAGUUCGGAAGGCUCAACGGGCAGAGGGCCCUGCCGUGAUCAUGGCUAUCGGAACAUCAACCCCUCCGAACUGUGUUGAUCAAAGCACGUACCCUGACUACUACUUUCGCAUCACAAACAGUGAGCAUAAGGUCGAGCUUAAAGAAAAGUUCAAGCGAAUGUGCGAGAAAUCCAUGAUCAAGAAGAGGUAUAUGCACUUGACUGAGGAGAUCUUGAAAGAAAAUCCUAGUGUGUGCGAAUACAUGGCACCUUCAUUGGAUGCUAGGCAAGACAUGGUGGUGGUGGAGGUCCCGAAGUUAGGCAAAGAAGCAGCUGCAAAGGCCAUCAAGGAAUGGGGCCAGCCCAAGUCCAAAAUAACCCAUUUGGUCUUUUGCACAACUAGUGGUGUUGACAUGCCUGGAGCUGACUAUCAACUCACUAAACUCUUGGGUCUGCGCUCAUCAGUAAAACGUUUAAUGAUGUACCAGCAAGGUUGUUUUGCUGGUGGCACGGUGCUCCGUCUAGCUAAAGACCUUGCCGAGAACAACAAAGGUGCUCGUGUGCUAGUUGUGUGCUCAGAAAUAACAGCAGUGACAUUUCGUGGUCCUAGUGACACCCACCUUGAUAGCCUUGUGGGUCAAGCGUUGUUUGGCGACGGUGCAGCCGCUAUCAUAAUAGGCUCGGACCCUGUACCGGGAGUGGAGAAGCCUUUGUUUGAGCUGGUGUCUGCCGCCCAGACUAUUCUACCCGACAGUGACGGGGCUAUAGAUGGACAUCUACGUGAAGUUGGGCUUACAUUUCACCUUCUCAAGGAUGUGCCUGGGCUUAUUUCAAAAAACAUUGAAAAGAGUCUAACCGAGGCUUUCAAGCCCUUGGGCAUCUCGGAUUGGAACUCCCUUUUCUGGAUUGCGCACCCUGGUGGUCCCGCAAUUCUGGACCAGGUGGAGGCUAAGUUGGAGCUUAAACCUGAAAAACUGCGAGCCACUCGACAAGUACUGGCUGACUAUGGUAACAUGUCCAGUGCAUGUGUGCUAUUUAUUUUGGACGAGAUGAGGAAGAAAUCUGCAAAGGAUGGGCUUAAAUCUACUGGAGAAGGGUUGGAAUGGGGCGUCCUUUUCGGGUUCGGGCCCGGGCUUACUGUUGAGACUGUGGUGCUCCAUAGUGUGGCUACUAUCUAGAAGCUGCGACUGUGGAUUUACAUGGUCACCGUGCAUUUCCACUUCCAUGGCCUUUUUAUUCUACUGAUCUGUUCUUCGUUUCUUUUAAAAUUAUCUCCUUUUCUAUAGCACGUGUAGGGAUGUCAAUGCUAUCUGUGGAGGAUCGAGUUUCUAGUGUUUUUAUAUUUCUACUGUUAUUUAUGGAAUAAAAAAAUUAAAUUUUUAUAUUA